AUGUGUACCUCGAUUCCUCCCGAAGACACAAAAUACAAAAACAUAUACCCCACAAUAAUAACGGAUGCGGAUGGGACGAAACUUGUAAUUGGAACGAAAACGUUUAAUGCAUUAAUCACUUCAAGUCUGCGUUUAGAUGCAUCUUUCAACCCAGAAGUCGGACCAAGCGUCAGGUUCUUUGACUUGAACGACAGUUCCAAAGCAAAAACUACCACCAUCUUCGUCAAGGAAUCGGCUUGGAAAGAAGCAGCUGAAAUUGCUCAAAACAACAAUGCAACGUCCAUUGGUUCCUAUGAUUUUAUCUACCAAAUACGCCAAUUGCGAACUCGCUUUCACCAGCAAUCAACCUACUUUCUUUGUCGAGCAAGCAACGAGGCAGUAGAUAAUUUGGCAGCUAGGCCAUAUACCAUCUAUACUCUUGCAGAUUGGGAUAAUGGCAAUGACAAUGCGGAUUACCGUACUGCAUCCAAGCUCUUCCAAACAAUCGCAAUCAAUGUAAUAGGUGGGAACCCUCGUUUAGAAAAAGACACUAUAUCCUCAUUAUGCAGCGAAUUGAAGGUAGAGGGAACUGCUGUACACCAUGUUUUUCAAUUGAUUUCUACUCAAUUCUCUGAUACAGCCUUCAUUACCGUCAUCGGCAACAAAUCUUUAAACCACGAACUCCAAAAACUGGCUAAUCUUUUAGCACCUGCGAUUACUAGGGCAAAUCAAUCAGUCAAACAAGCCGUCCUUCAGGCUUACACUCGUUAA